AGUUCCUUUAAGGUGACUAGACUGUUUUCGCAACAAAAUAUCCAUAUUUGUGUUGUUUGCUUUGUAUGCAACGUCAUAUUUCUGAAAAUACAGUUUCCGUAUUGUAAAUAUUUUCGCGUUUGGUUUGCAUAGCAAAUAAAGAGAAUACAAAAUAAAUAUGACACGCAGUAAAGCAGAAGAAGAAGUAGAUGUUGCUGAUCAGUUUUUGAACUAUGACGGAGAGGUAACGACCGUUGAAGCGGAGGGAACUUCAGUUGACAACGCCGAACAAAAUACUUCGACUACGAAUAAGACACAAGAACAAGAAACAGAUACUUCUAAAGGUGAAAAUCCGAAUGAAGAUCCUUCAAAUGAAAAAGAAAACGAAGAUCCUAAAGAAAGUGCGGCUCAAGAUCAAGCAAAAAGUAUUGAGAAAAGUGAUAAAGAAGAUGAUGAGUCCGGAGAAGUCUAUGAAGUAGAGAAAGUACUCGAUCAUAAUAGGAGAAGGGUAAGUUAUAGACGAUUUUUUACGUUAACUUAUGUUUUUUAUAAUUAAUUUGAUUUUUUUAUAGAAUAAAACAUAUUAUCUAAUUAAAUGGAAAGGGUAUAGCGAAGAAGAAUCUACUUGGGAAGCUGAAGAUAAUGUGUAUGAAUAAUUUAUUGAUAAUGAUUUUUUUAUAUUGAAUAUAAUUGGUAACGAAGUUUAUAAUCUAUAAUAUUUGCAUUAAUAGUUUCGCUGAAGAGUUAGUAAAAGAUUAUUGGGCAAAUAAUAGUGAAGAAGCCAAGCAAAAGGAGACCAGAAAAGGUAGGAAAAGAGGUGCUGCUGCUCCU